GCGAGAUGUCGUCUUCUGUCCAAGAUCUGGGCAGAUUCGGGGCGUCGAAAGGGGUAUCAGCCCAAGGGUGGAGUAACAGGCCAACCCCUAGCAUAGUUUCCUGACAACUUGUCUCAGCGGCUAUCGACGAGCAACACGGUCUUCAAGCAAUCCGUGGGUGGUCUGUUUGGGGCCAACGUUCGGUCGAUCCUGUCGCCCCGGGGAUGAAACUACGUGGCGUCACAGGCGGUUGAGAUCCUGAUGUGUGCGAGAAUCUCUGGUGACCGUAUCGUCAUGGCCCGACUAGUGCAGGACUCUGGACUUCUUAGGUUGUGCGGACAGCAUCAUAGGUUCCACGAUCCCUGGCGGUAUGACGUGAAGAAGCGUCCCAUUACUGGCAAGGCGUGCAUGCUUCGACAUCAGACCAGCGUGGUGUGCAAUAUCGAGUGUUCGAUUCGGCUCCAUAGACUUCCGGUUGCUCAAAAAUUCGGACUCCUCAAGGAAGGCAACGUGAUAUCAUACGAACGCUCAGGGGCGGUUGCUCUCACCCAGUCGCUGUGGUUCAUUCGCACGGUCUAUUGUUUCCAAUACAUUGGGCCAGUUACGCCUGCGCUUUCCUUUCAGCGGCGUGGGGACGUAGGUCUCCUCGGACCCGAGACAGGGAGAUAACAUCCACGCCGUGAGGGAAGGGUGCAAUUCGCUCGCCUGGGAGGUAUCCUCGAUUAUUGGCUUCAAGGAACUUUUUUCCGCGAUGGGUCCGCGGGAACGGUUGUCAUUCUGCGCGAUAAUCCGCAACUCGACCAUCGAUCCA